AUGUUCAGUCCGUUGCGCAUCAGCCAGGCAAGGAGCUUCCGACAUAAGCGAGUGCAGCUGAGGCAACGCGACGAUGCUGGGGCCAAGGUCACGCUGUAUGUCGUAAGCCUGCGCGUCCCGACGCGCUGCCAUCGACGAGAUCAACACUCCAUCUCCAGGUCAGGCAGUGUUGGUCUCGCUUGGACAACGAUGGCCGGCGAGGCGAUCGCCAGAGAUGUCCCGGAACGUGGCAGGAUCGGCCUCACGGAUCGUAUGCGAUCGAAAGCGGACCCCGCAGAGGGCGAGCACGGUGCCAUGUGA